CUUGUUUGUUUGUGUAGAGGGCGAAAAAUGGCGGAGGGCAGAGACCCGAGCUGGAACUAGAGACACGAAACGUCGGCUCUUAACGUUCGUGACAGCUGGUAGGGGCCACUGCCCUGCGUCGAGUGCAUCCCCGGUGCGUCCGCUGAACUCGGGUGACGAAGGACGAGCGCAUUGCGAGCGGAGUGGAGUUUUGGAGGAGCAGGUUUAGCUGGCAUUACUACGGCCGCAGCGAGUACUGCCCACUAGCCGCUGAACUGUCGGCAGCUAGCUUACUGGCUAACUAGCCGUGGCUAACGCUUACGCGGUACUCUCGCGGCGUGCGCGUGAAAGCUGCGCUUUUUUUUCUCUCUCGCUGAGGGUAGGGAGUCCGUCCCUCGCGUCGUACAUUUGGCGAGCGACCCGACGGGAAAGCCGAAAGGCGGACUCUGGCGUCGGGAGUUCGCACACGAAUGUCUUCGUAAGUUCACCGUCCUGUCUUGCAGAGGAUCACAGCGGCGACCCGAGAAGACAGGUGUGUGAUACCUCAGGAUGAGUGCCCUAGGGGAGAGUGCCCGUGACCCUGUGCACCCGGAGUCCCGCAAGAGGAAAGGAUCGCUGUGCGACACGUCAGGCCUCAGCGCGGAGAAGCGGCGGCGGGAGCUGGAGAGCCGCUACAUCACCGAGCUGGCGGAGCUGCUGUCGGCGCAUAUGGGUGACAUUGCCAGCCUGAACGUCAAGCCGGACAAGAGCCACGUCCUCCGCAAUGCCAUCGACCAGAUCCAGCAGAUCAAGCUGCGUGAACAGGAAAAGGCAGCAAUGUUGAUGGAGGAUGACGUGCAGAAGAGCGACGUGUCGUCCAGCAGCCAGGCCCUAAUGGAGAAGGAGGCCCUGGGUCCUCUUCUGCUGGAGGCCUUGGAUGGCUUUUUCUUCGUGGUGAACCGCGAGGGCCGGAUCGUCUUCGUCUCUGAGAACGUUACGGCCUACCUGGGCUACACGCAGGAGGAGCUGAUGACCUCCAGCGUCUACAGCAUCCUGCACGUGGGCGACCACAAUGACUUCGUUCGCAACCUGCUCCCCAAGAGCCUGGUGAACGGGGUGCCCUGGCCACAGGAGAGCGCACGCAGGAACGGUCACACCUUCAACUGCCGGAUGCUGAAGCGGCCGCCGGACGAGGUGGACUCUGAGAACAUGGAGGCACGGCAGCAGUACGAGGUCAUGCAGUGCUUCACCGUGCCAGAGCCCCGGGCCAUACACGAGGAGGGCGAGGACCUCCAGAGCUGCCUCAUCUGCAUCGCCUGUCGCUCCCCUCGCCCCCAGCAGAUCCCGGUCAACACUGAGUCCUUCAUCACCAAACAGGACCCCACAGGGAAGAUCAUCUCCAUAGAGACAAGCGCACUGAGGGCCACAGGCCGGCCCGGUUGGGAGGACCUGGUACGGAAGUGCAUCUAUGCCUUCUUCCAGCCGCAGGGGAAGGACCCAUCCCACGCCAAGCAGAUGUUGCACGAGGUGAUCACCCACGGCACGGCCAUCAGCCCCGUGUACCGCUUCACCCUCAGCGACGGAACCACGCUCAGCGCCCUGACCCGCUGCCGCUUCUGCUGCCCCCCCAACCCCGACGUGCAGCCCUUCAUCAUGGGCAUCCACACCAUUGACAGGGAACACAACACUGCUAUCUCUCAGGAAAACACUAUCCCCAGCCUUCCUCCAAAGCACGGGAGUCCGACUCCUGCCCAAACUUCCCGCUCCCCUGCUGUCCAGCCCAGCAGUGACCUCAACCAGGCCGCAGGCCUCGGCCUGCAACUUAACGGCGGUGGCAGCGGGCCAGCCACGCCCACCAGCCUUUCAGCCGGCUACCUGACCCCCAACAGAAUGUGCCCUCAGCAGGUCAACAGCCCCUCUCCUCUCAGUAGCCCUUUGGGGGCGACCCCUACCUCUUUCAUGUCCCCCAGGCCGCCACGGGGUAGCCCUGGCCUCGGGGGUAGUCCGCGGGUACCUGGGAACCCUUUCUCGCCCUCCACACCCGGCCUGCACUCCCCCGCGGGAGCAGCGAGUGGAAGCGGAGGUGGCCUCACUCGGCAGUUAUCGGGCUGCGAGGGGACCGGGGCGUCCCUGGGCUUCUCCACUCCCUCACCACGACCUCAGAGGCAGGGUGGCACCCCAGCCAGCUCUCCGGUGCGCCCCCCUCCCGCCAAGCCGCCCGAGGGCCCCCCCGAGGAUGCCGCUAAGGCCCUGCCAUCGCUCGGCAACCCCAAGCUGCUGAACCAGCUCCUGGACAACGGUGCUGCUCGUCCAGCCGAGCGUGUCUCGUCUGCGGCGGCGUCCCCCCCGGUGACCGGCUCGUGCCCGGCCUCCCACAGCUCGCUGACGGAGCGUCACAAGAUCCUGCACCGCCUCCUACAGGACAGCAGCCCUACGGAGCCCAAUGAGGGUGGGUCUGACCCGGGCCUGGCCAUUGGUGCCACACACAAGGACUCGGAAAUUAAAAAGGAGAGGCCCGCCAGCCCCACUAGGGAAUCUCAGGAUCCGCCACAGGACCACCAGCUGCUACGCUUCCUCCUGGACACGGACGAGAAGGACCUGGAGAACCUACCACCACCGUCCCUCCUCUCCCUGCAGACAGUCCGGGUCAAGACCGAGGUUAAGAGGGAGGGGACCUGCGGCACCAGCAGCUCUCCAAAGCCUGGAGACCAGCCCGCCAACCCGUUUUCCGCCGCUGACUUGGAUGCCUUGAAUCAGCUAGUGCCCCCGCCGCAGAGGACAACUCCCGUGGCCAGGCAGCCAGAGGACCCCGUCACAUCCCAGCCGCCAGAGACCAACAUUCCCAAGGGUGUGAGCAUGAAGCAGGAGCUGCCCAGCACGCCGAGCCGCGGGUUUGGCGACGGCUCCGUCUUCCAGCCGUCCUUCGAGUUAUGCAGCCCAUCCACCCCUAGUCGGGGUCAGCCGGACCCGUUCCAGCCUAGCAAAGGUGGCAGCCCGUUUCCGGACCCAGCUCACGGUGCGCCUUUUGGCGGCGGCGAUGCAGGGAUGUCCAAACUGGAGCUAACCAGCCCCCAGCCAUUCACACCAGUGGGUCUGACGGAGCCCAUGCCAUUUGACGUGGCCAUGGGUGGGGCUCCACAGGCUCCUCUGCCUACUCAGGAGCAGUGCACCCCCAGCACCUUGGAUGACAUGCUGUGCCCUCCCACCACCCCAGAGGGACGCAGUGACGAGAAGGCCCUGCUGGACCAGUUAGUGUCCUUCCUGAGCGGCACGGACGAGAGCGAGCUGGCUGAGCUGGACCGAGCACUGGGCAUCGAUAAGCUGGUGCAGGGCGGCUGCCUGGACCCCCUCUCCCAGCAGUACCCUGCCCAGCCCCUGCCCUCCACCCCCAUGCACAUGGACCCUAAGCUGCCUGCGUACCAGCCGCAGUUCCCCAUUGGCUCCUCGCAGUUCCCCCAAGACGUGAGCCGCCCACAGCAACAGAGCAUGAGUUUCUGUUCGCCUCGCGGGGCCUUCCCCGGGAACAUGGGCAUGGCGCUGAGGCCAGGCUUGCCGAGGGCGCAGGGGGUGCCCAACCAGCUCAGGCUGCAGCUACAGCAGAGGCUGCAAGGCCAGCAGCAGAUCGUGCACCAGAACAGGAUGGCGGCCAUCGGCCAGUUCCCAGGGACAGGGCAUCUUGCCAUGGGCAUGCGACAGGGCAUGCAGCAGCCCCAGAUGAACUCACAGCCCCCGCUGAAUGCGCAGAUGAUGGCGCAGAGGCAGCGGGAGCUCUACAGCUUCCAGCAUCGCCAGAGGCAGCUCCUGCAGCAGAAGGCCAUGCUGAUGAGGCAGGGCAUGGCACCAGGGCCUAUGGGGGGUCCCCAGGGCCCCAAGGGCCCCCAGCAGCCUCAGCAGCAGCAGCCUCCACAGUUCGCCUACCCCACAGGUUACAGCCCCGGGCCAGGAAACCCUCCAAGCUCACCCGGCAACUUUAAUCCCAUGGGAGGGGUACCGACGGACCCCAAGAUGGGCAGCAGGGGGCCUGUGGUGUCCCAGGGUAUGAUGGGAGGUAUGCAGGGCCAGUUUGGUGGCGUGGUGAACUCAGCGGUACAACCCACCCCCUUCCAGCAGUUUCCAGGAGCAGGUAUGACCCAGCAGGGGGAGCCACCUUUUGCACCAGCCCUCAGCCCAACCAGCCCCCUCCUCUCACCACAGAUGUCUACGCCGCAGACACCUCUGCUCUCGCAGACCCAGCCUUCUAUGGGCUACCAGUCGCCUGACAUGAAGAGCUGGCAACAAGGAGGCAUGGGGAACAACGGUAUUUACAACCAGUCCGGACAGACUCCGUCCCAGGCCUUCGGACAACAGGGCAUGUACAACAACAUGAGCAUCACCGUCUCCAUGGCGGGUGGAUCUGGCGGCGUGGGCUCUCUGACUCCCAUGGGUCCUUCUGUUGGCAUGGGCAACAGUAACCUGGGCAACAUCAGCUCAAUGUGUAAUGAUCAGGUACAGCAGGUUCAGGUGUUUGCUGACGUCCAGUGCACCGUCAACCUGGUGGGCAGCGACUCCUACCUGAACCAGCCGGGCCCCAUGGCAUCACAGAAGGGGGGGGCAGCCACCCAGAGUGCCCAGUCUCAGCAGAAAAGCCUCCUGCAGCAGCUCCUAACCGAGUGACACUCUGAGCACUGGGGAGUGCUGCUCUACAGUGAGAUAUUUAUAUUUUUUUACAAGUCUGCUUCUAAUUUCCAGCAGGAUGGAUUCUGAGAAAAUUAUAUUUUUUGGUGGGGAUUGGUGGGUCUUGGAGGGGGGUGGAUAGAUGGCUGAUUGGACAUCUUAGGCUGCAGGCGGAGCGCUCAUUCUUGGUUACCUACUUUAGAGCUUGCGAUUCCCAGCCAGGAGAUGGAAAGCAUUGCUGAUUCACCGAGCCUGAAGAGGACCCUUUUGUCUGGCGAGCCUCACUGGCCAGUCUGCUGCAGCACUUCACGGAGAGCAAUGGCAGGGUCUGGGGUCCGGCGCGGUCCUGGUCAGCCGAUCUGACUGCAUGAUGGGAGGACUUUUUCGAGGGGCUUUAACCGCCUCCCCCACCACCCCCUUCCCGUCGUGUGAGGAAAGCUCAGUUUCAGCUGGAUUUGUCGCUGAUUGGCUCUCCACUGCAGUGCCUGGUGGGAGAUCUUCCCCAGUUCUGUUUUUGUUUAUUGUUUUUUUUGGUGAAUUAGAACAAGAAAGGCCAAGAUGGGAGACUGUAGUGUAGCACACUGUCUGCCCCAGGGUUUUCCUGGGGGGGGAACAUAGAUACUAGACUCAAACUGUCCGACACAAAUGUUGUUGUUGUUUUUUAAAGCAGCUGUGAAUAUGAGCCACUUGGGAUCUCAUUGGCCUAUCAGUGUUCGCCAUACAUACCAUGCAGGUCGAUAGUAUUGUACAGUACCAAUGGACAAGAUUGGAACGCACUAACACUUUCUGCUUUUCUUUUUAAACGUCACUCACUCAUUGAGACAGCAGUCAUUUUCCAUGUCAAAGCUGACCGAUGUUUUUGGGUUUGAAGCAGGAUUUUUUUUUUUUUAAUUAAUGAAAAUGAUGAUGAUUUUUAGCUGAUCCAAGCCAAGAAAUGGGAUCUGCUGCAGCGUGUUGUAAAUCAGAGAGACUCCAGCUUCUACCCAGCAAAACUUUCAUCUUGUGUGGAAAAUGUCAGUCUCCAAGGAGAAGAUUGUUUCAAAUUUGAAUGUUGAAAUUUUGGUGAGCCUAACUUUUUGGUCGUCCAGCUCAGGCUGUCUCAGUCUUACAUAAUUAACAGAACAUGUCACUGAUUUUGGUCAUACGGUAAACAUGUAAACGUUUAGGUGGCGAUUUUUCUUACUUUUGAACGUCAGUCAUCUAAAUCCAAAGGCGUGUACAGACACUGCAUGUGGGAGCUCACGCAGUGAGCAUGUCGUCGCUGGGGCUGUAGCCUCACACUGCAGCUACGACUACUCACCUGACUACUGUUGCCGAAUCAGAUGCUGUCAAUCAGCACCAGCCUCUGUUGACACCGCCAAAACACUAUAACUGACGAACCUUGGCGUUAGACGUGUCCGCAGAAGAUUGACAUCACGUUGAAGACGAACGAGGAGGUUACUAACAAGCAAUAAUAGCACUCUGGAGAUCUGGUUAAUUAAAGUAGGAUCAGCUGGAUUAUGACAUUGAAAUGGAAAUCAAAAGUCUAAUUUAUUCCCCCCUGCCGGCUCCUUUCUGGGUAACAGAGUAACUCUCACUAAUGAAAUGCUUUAUAUAAAAAUAAAAAAAAAAUUAAAAUCAAAAAAGGAAAAAAAAAGAGUAAUUCUAUGGUCCAAGUAGCCUCAGAGGUCUCACUGUGUAUAUACAAGGUAACUGAGUAAAGGGCGCCGGCUUUUCACAGCACCGGCCAACACGUCUAUUAUGGAUCCUCAUCCCUUUUUGUGGGAACGCAACCCUCCUUUCAUGCUUUUUUUUUUGUUUGUUUCUGAUCGUCCUCAAACAAUGUUCUGUAAUUUGUGAUUCACUUUGUGUACAGUUGUGGUGUGCAGGUGUGCGCGGGCAGGAGUGGCUGCAUGCGUCUCUGGUUGUAUAUAUAAAUCCGGUGGCUGCGGUCCUUAUACUCCCUCCACUUACGGCCCACUGCACUUUAAUCACCUUUGUUAUUCUAGAAAGCAGUAUAUCUGUUGGAUUUCUUUAUUUCCCAUAUUCCUUUGGUUUCUGUCCUUUUUAAAAUUCCUAGCUCGUAGCCAUGGAAGAACCUCACUGCAUUUUUUAUUUUUUUUUUGCGGAAUAUAACUUAAUUUUGGUGUAACAUGCUCAGAAAAAGUAGCAUUUUAUGGUCCUACAUGAACCUUGGUGUGAUUUUUCUGUUCCUGUCCUUGUAUUUCAUAUCGCCAUUUCCUAGUGUGCUCUCUACGUUUUUUUUUUCUUUUUUGGUUUUUGGUGCAAAGCGAACAGUAACAUUUGGGGCAGCCUAACGCUGAGUAAACGAAGUACAAUGACACAGUUUAUGAAUGUUGUUUUCUAUAUUUAUUUAUUUUUUUAUCAUUUUUAAAAUAGAGAAAUGGUAGUAGUAGGCUGUACUGCAGGAGUAUGAGGACAUUAAAAGCCACGUGUGUGUGUGUGAGAGUAAAUACAGAUACAUGGAAAAAAGUGGAAGCAGUCAUUGAAGAGCAGAAAGAGCGCGUUUUCUUGCAGCUUACUCAGUAGGAAAUCAGCUUAACGUAAUAUGGUAAAGUGAGUUUAAAGGCAAUUCAGAGUGCAGUCAUUAUACUGUGAUACAUCCCCUCCUUGCCAUUCAACUGGGAAUAAAAAUGCAGUGGAAUCCAUUCUGAAUCACAACUGAUUUAUCAAUCAGAAAUCCGCCUGUUACCUUUUAAACUAUAUAUCUUUCAUAUUGGCCUGUAAGCUGGUCUACCAUUGGGGUGAAGUCGAAUGGAAUUUUGUUAUUGUAAAUAUGAAUUUGCUCAAAGUCUGAGAUUUUCGAAGUCCUUGUGGAUAGUUGGUCUGCUUCCAGCAUUUUUGGUGUAUGUGUAUGCAGGUGUGUGUGUGCCUCUGUGAUUUAAUGCUGUAUGUGUUGUUUUACAUGGAAAAGAGAAACUGUCCUAAUUAUUUCUUCUCAUCUUUAGAUGCCUGCACAUUACCUGUGGGGUUAAGAUUUACUCUGUUUGCGAGAGAAUGGUUUUGCGACCUCUGAAUGUGAUUUUACUGAGAGAAGCAGCAUGGACUGGAUUUGUACGGGUUAAUUUCAAAAAGGCCAUACUAUUUAAUUUGUCUAUGUUGUCAAAAGUUUAAACUGGUAUAAGAAAAUGGAACCUUUCUUUCAAGAGUGGUAGCUAAUGUUUCUGGUGGGACUUUGCCGACCGCUACACCAGUACUGAUCUUAUUUCCUUUAUUGUCUAAGAGGUGCAGUUCUCCAGGCAAAGGGCGAUUGCAUGUUUAGUUGUGAUGACCAAAGCUUAAAGAUGGCAAAUAUCUCAUAUGCAAGUCUGUUUAUUGAAUGCAAAAUGAAGCAUUCAAAAAUACAAAAAAAAAUGUAUGGAAUUUUUUUCUAUAAUAGCGGAAUGUGGUGAAACACACCCCCCAAUGUUGAAGCAUGGCAACAUUGUGCUCAGCUCCCGCUGUUCUAAUAUACUGGCAAGUGACUUUAGCAGUUUGUAUAUAUUCCGCAUUUCCCAGGUAAAGCAGUCCGAAUACUAUUGCGGGGCAGCAUCGAAAGUGCUUUCAGAUAGUCAACGCACUCACUGUUGACUGGAGUAGCAGAAUCUCUAGAUAGCUAUGCACCUUUAAGACUAAAAACAUGAUUACACUGAUCCAAGGACGUAAAACGUAACAAGAAUCAAACUGAAAUAUUUUAUUACACUAUGCAUUCUCGGUAAAUACCUUUUUGGAGCUAUACAAAUUGACAGUUUUUUUAAAACAAAUUCAAUUUGUUUUCAUAAAUGUUUGGAAAUUGUGUUUCUGAACUGUUUCUGCAAGGAGGCUAAUGCAGAUUGUUAAAUAUUUUAAUUUAUUUAGCUAAAUACUUUAUACCAAAUUUGAGGUGCCUCUUGUACAUAUUUUGUGCAUUAGAGUAAAGGACUGAUCCUUUACAGUUUGAUUAAACUUUUCUUGUUAAUGGAGAAUUUCUUACAUUUAACUUUGUAAAACGAAUAUGCUGUAUUUUACAUACAUUUUUUACUGAAAUUUAAAUAUUCCAGGCAUUUACAGGAAAUACAAUCUAGUUUUUUGCACUUUAUAUCCUUUGAAAUUUACAAAAGGAAAGAGGCCAUUGCAAGAAGUAUCUGCAUUAAAAUCAGAUCAUUAUUGCAUUUCAAAUAUCCCCAGAAUGUAAUCAAAAAUAAAUACAAAAAAAAUUUCUCAGGCUCUGUAAAAGCUGGCUAAUGUCCUGUUGUACUCGUAACACUGGAAAAGGAAGGUCCCCCCCCCCUUGCUUUUUUUUUUUUUUUUUUUUGGACAUUCAGUGAAUCCAUGGCUCUCCCAGGCUUGGACUCUUCUUUCAAGUCUUCUGCAUUGCAUGUCGCUCUAUACCUCCAUUUACUCUGCCAUCAUCCAUCCAUCCAUUUCUUCCCUUAUGCUCAUUAUAGUAUCUGAAAACAUUCCUGAUUUAUUUUUUUAACCAAUUCAUCACCCUAGUUUGCUGCUCAUAUUUCAUUUUUAUCAGAUUUGUAAUAUAUUUUUUUAUAGUCGCCGACACACAAUCAUAUGUAUUUUUUCCCCCUAACUUUUCUAAUACAUAACGUACUGCCUGCUGUAUAACAUUUCGCUUAGAUCUACCCCCCCCCCCCCCCAUUGACUGAUCCCCUAUGUGUACAGGUAGUGUUUCUUCACUGUUGGGAACCUUAGGAGCAAAUGUCUGACGAAACAAAUGCUUCUCAUCUCUUGUACGUGCUGCCUUACCGAUACUGAUAAUGGUUGUGGUUCUGAAUCUGAGGGAUUUUCCCCUCUACUGCCCACUGGAACAGCAGCAAUCUCUUGAAAUAAGGUUCCAUUUUUUUCUUGUAAAGUUAAUAUAAAUAAAUAUAUAUAUAUAUCUAUAAAUAUUAUACAUUUUACUCACUUUGUCCAGUUUUGUAUAUUACACUUGGGUAUUGUGUAAUGUUAGGCAGAGUCACCAUGAAGCUGUAUGGGACAUGAUGAAUGAAGAUGUAUCUGAGAAGUUUAUGCAUGUUUUUUUUUUUUUCAUUUCUUUUCUUUCAGUAUCUGGGGAAAAAAAUCCUACCUUAUCUAUGAAGUAGUAGACAAUCAGUCACAUCUUUGGUCCGGCACCUGCAGAGACGCACUGCAGGCUGACGUACUGUGUUUCACAUUGACUGAAGUGGUCUUAUUCCUCAUUCCUGUGACGGACGUUUGUGGCUGCAGAAGCAGGCACGCUACGAGUACACACACAUCUACUCCAUAACACCCCCCCCCAGCCCACUAUGGCUCUUCUGCUGUGGGUCGAACAGGUUGGGAUCAGGUCAGAACGUUGACCUCGAAGGAAAUUAUGACUAACAAAUCUCAUUAAUAUCCAUGAAUGUGAGAAUACAACACAUUGCAAUAAAAGCACCAUUAAAAAACAGGAUUUUUAACAUUUAUUCUGUAUCCCCCUCCCCUACCACUGAUGGUUCUUCUUUUACUUCUUACCUACUUAAUGUGUCCUAAUUUCUAGUAGUGCUUUGAAUGAAAUUGCUUUAAGACAGAGGCUUAUAAACAAAACUGUUGAAUACAAUGGAAAUUGCUUAUGCUGAAGAAUGGAUUGUCAAGAAUUUUUUUUUUUUUACUAAGAAUAUAUGACAUUAUGAAUCGUGCCUAAAGACUGUUGUAGCCUGUUCAAAAUUGUAAAUUGGAAGAGGAGACCCCUUACUGUGACCCACUGUGUGUGCGCUUUGCUUUUUUUGUUGACCGCAAAGAAAUGGCACGAUUCAGGCAGUGAUAAAUUAAAGGUGCCAGUGUUGUGGAAGUUACGGAAGUAAUUUGUUGCAGACAGAGGUGGAAAGUUCAGGUCCAGAGAGUACAAAUCCAGACCAAGGUUUUGUUUCAACCAACUAGAGCAUAAAGUCACAGAAUACUCAACUGGUUGGUUGAAACAAAACCUUGGUCUGGAUUUGUACUCUCUGGACCUGAACUUUCCACCUCUGUCUCUAAUGGAUUAUUACUUUUGAAACUUCCCCAGCACUGGGUCCCUUUUUAAUAAUUUCUCAUUUGAAAUUAUUGAAGAAUUAAAAUGUACCAAUUUAUCAUCUAUGACAAAGGGGCACAGGAAACAAUGAAUUUUAUGUUAUGUCAUGGUUAAUUAAAACAAAAACACA